CUCCUCCUUUUCCCCUUUCGCACCCCCCUCCUCAUCUAUCCCUCGUUAACACAGCUGCGCCUCCGUCCUCCUUUCCUCGUCACCACAGCAAAUCAUCUCCCAUGGCGGCGAUCGGGACGAGGCAGGCGCGGCGGCUGCGGGCGGAAGCAGCAAGGGUUGAAGGAAGCGCGGGGAGGGACGGAUGUGGGCGGGGUCGGCGGUUGAGGGCGAGCGCCGGACAGGCAGAGGGAGCGCCUUGGUCGAGGGAAAGCGAGGCUCGUCGGCUGGGCAACAACGAGCGCUGGACAUGUAGAGGAGGCGGUGAGAAGGGGAUGCCAUGGGGGGCUCGGCUUCACCUCUCCCAUCCUUUCUCUUCGGACGCACCCAACCUCUGCCACAAAUCUCUCUCUCUCUCUCGGUUGGGGACAAGGGUUGACGUCAGCUCAUGCUGCCGUCCUCGUGCCUCGGUGUGUCGUGUGUGGCGCCGGGCCUCCCCACGCCAGCCAGCACUCCUCCACCAAUCCCUGCCCCUGAGAUCCGCUGCCGCCACCACUGGCUCCUCGCUGUAGUGCCAGCAGCGGCACACCGCGACGGCGGUAACUCUCGAGAAGGGCGAGGCGGCGGAUGGGGCCGGGACAGUGGCGGGGUUCACUGUCGUGAUGAAGUUCGGCGGGUCGUCGCUGUCGUCGGCCGCACGGAUCCGGGAUGUGGCCGACCUCAUCCUCAGCUUCCCCGAGGAGGCGCCCAUCAUCAUCCUCUCCGCCAUGGGGAAGGCCACCAAUCGAUGAGCUCGCUGUCAUCAAGGAGCUUCAUCUUACGAUCAUUAGUGAGCCAAGAUUGGACAGCUCUAUUGUUUCAGCACGCCGCCGCCUUCCUCCGACGCGUCUGCAUCGUCUCCGGCGCCGACGCCGCCGUCACCAAGAACUACGACCUCGUCAUCGUCACGGCCGGGGCUAGGCAGAUCCCGGGUGAGAACAGGCUCAACCUGCUGCAGACGAACGUUCCCCUAUAUCGCAAGAUCGUGCCGUCUGUGGCCGAGCACUCCCUGGAGGCGCUUCUUCUCGUAGUCUCCACCCGUCGACGUGCUCACCUACGUCGCCUGGAGACUCUCCAGCUUCUCGGCCAGCCGCGUCAUCGGCUGCGGCACCAACCUCGACUCCUACCGCUUCAGGUUCCUUAUCGCCAAAGCACCUCGACGUCAACCAGCAGGACGUGCAGGAUGAUAACAGGUAUAGGCGGGGGUGCCCAUUUGAAUCUCAAGCGUGUAGAGAAAGCAGGGGUACUUUGUUCAGAAGAUUCCAACUAUGAUUGACAACUUGAUAGACAAGACAUUUGCCUGGGAGGAUGAAAGCAAUACACCAUUUCUAUAUGACGCAAUAAGUCACUGAACUAGCUCACCAUGAUUACCAGAAAUCAAGCACACUAGAUCCAAUGCAUUGAAUUUUCAUGCAAAGGUUCAUAUGGUUGCCAUUUUGGAAGAGCAAAAACUUAGGAGAGUACAGAAAGAGGAAGAUAAGAGACGAUACCGGGUAUAAAUUCCACAUCCUCAAGCACUACACUCACAACAGAAGUAUCAGUCUUGUUCACUGACUCUUACCAAAGGACCAGAAGAAUCUGCACAAUCUAUUGCGUAAAGAGAAUGAGAUGAUCUUUGGGUCCAAGUCUGUUCCAAGGAAGACAAGCAGUUUUAACAGGAGGACCAGUGGCCAUAAUCAUGACUUCGAUGCCCCACCGGGUGUUGGCUGACAGUGCCACACCCGAACUUUUGACACCACGCUCGUACUCUGGACGGUACAACAAUUACUUCAAGGAGAAACGGAGGAUGAAGGCGGCCCCAUUCAACUUCUCGGUGGCUUCCAAGGAUGACAACAUGUUAUCCUUUGCCUCCAUUAGGGAGCCUGGUUCUCCUUUGGUUUUGCACUGGGUAUGAUAUUGCCCAACAUUUUGUCAUCCUCUGUUUCUUUUGUCAACGUAUUUUUCUGAUUUUCUGCAAAAGAACAUAUUUUUCUGUUAUUCAACCAUAAGACUGCGGUGGGGUGGCGGGCUGCACCUAUGCCCAUGUUGUCACUGACAAUCCACUUGGUCGUCGCUGACUGGGUAGUUGCCGCACGGGAACUACGUGUUAGAUUACCACUGCGUGCCGUAUGAUGCUCUACUUUUGAAACCUGUCAUCAGUUCCUUUUGAAUUA